AUUUAAUUUAUAAAUAAAUAGUUUGGCCUGUUUUUGGUUUGCCGGGGGGAGGGAAUAAAAACUGGAGAAAGUUGGCACGAAUGGCGGGGGGGUCUGGAGAGUCUGUUUAUAGCGGAAGUGUAACCUCUCCUAUUUUCAGUUUUCCGGCGAAUGCUGAAUAACUAUUGUGGGCAGCUAUAGUGAAUGAUAGAUCUUUCCAAAAUACGGUAGUGGUCGGUCUUCGUGGUGAAACAAUAUCAAGGAAAUAGUCAAAUAGAGGUUUGAGUUAAGAAAUGGCAGCCCUAAUUUACAACAUAUUCUCUUCUUCAGCACUGUUAUCGCUGGGGCUCUACCAUCUCAUCUGCACCACCAGAAACCAUCUCAAGUCCCCGCGCGAUUACGUCGCUAAACCUUAUCAUCCUCUCCCUUUCUCUUCUUCAUCAACUCGAUUGCUUAAGUAUCUCCAGCUCUAUUUGAUCGUCCUCUGUCUCUUCAUUGCCUUGGUCCACCAGAUCCUCGUUUCCUCCGACGCUGACCCCCUCCUCAAGGGUCGAACCCCUGUUCACCGCUUCACCUCCCUCCAAGCCGCCGCCGUUCUCUUUUGCUUCCUCUUUCUCUCCAUUUGCCUACUCCUCUCCGAGGCCACCUCCCUCCUCCCUCUUCCGCCAGAUCUCUUCUUUGCCAUUGCAUCCGCUAUCUUCUUCCUCCAAUAUUCUGUCUCCUCAGCCGCCGCCGCCAUCCAGACCUCUGAUCUCCAGGCGAAGUGCGACUCAGUGGCUGCCCGCAUCUCUGCCCUUUCCUCUGCUUUGUCUCUUGUUCUUGCCUUCCAACCCAGGCUGUUCGUCAUCGAUGCCGGCCUGGGGGCAUCCCUUUGCCUGCAGGGCCUAUGGGCCCUACAGACCGGCCUCUCCCUCUACGUUGACGCUUUCAUUCCCGAGGGCUGCCACAAGCUGCUCGAUGUCGUCAGCGGAGUAGAGGGCUCCACCAAGUGUAAUUUGGAAGAUUCCAAGCUCAGGGCCGUGACAAUCCUGGAUCUGGUAUUCGUGCUCCACGUGCUCCUUGUGCUCCUCGUCUUCAUGGUUGUGUAUGCUGCCGUUGCCAGGACCGCUUGUAUCCGCAACAGAUUCGGCUCUUACGAGGCCUUGCCAACUGCUGCCGCUGAUUCCAGUCACAUUCAAAUGAAGGCCAUGACCGGCACUCAGGCGUAAACUCCUGUCACCAUUCGUCUCCUUGUCAAGACAAUUAGGUAUCACUGAUAUCUUUCACAUUUUUCUGUACCUUCAGCUGUAGAGUUAUGGAUUGAACAAUUGCUCGAUCUUACUUUUCUCUGUUAACCGAAACCUUGUAAUCUCAUCUUCAAGGGAGUUUUUCGUAUACAAAGAAAUUGAGCAUUUAUGAUGACA